UCGUGGUGCUCGGUGCAGGGUUGGUGUGUUUGUGUGAGGAAGGGAGGGAGGGAGAGAGCGGCUGGCCGGCCGGCAGGCAGGCACCCCGCGGAGCCAUGUUUUCCUAUGAGUAUGUGACGGCGGAGCAGCUGGCGGGCUUCGACAAGUACAAGUAUAGUGCAGUGGACACCAAUCCAUUAUCUGUAUAUGUUAUGCAUCCAUUCUGGAACUCUGUAGUUAAGAUUUUACCGACAUGGCUGGCACCAAAUCUAUUGACGUUCUCUGGUUUCAUGCUACUUGUGCUUAACUUUUUUAUGUUGGCCUAUUUUGACUAUGAUUUUUAUGCUUCAGGUUCAGGUUAUACACAUGUUCCAAGUUGGGUAUGGAUUGCUGCUGGUCUCCUGAAUUUCACGGCAUACACAUUAGAUGGAGUUGAUGGGAAGCAAGCUCGACGGACUAGCUCCAGCACUCCACUUGGAGAACUUUUUGACCAUGGUUUGGACAGCUGGGCCUGCAUAUUUUUUGUAGUCACUGUCUAUUCCAUCUUCGGACGUGGGGAGGCGGGUGUCAGUGUCCUUACGCUGUUCUUCAUUCUGUGGGUAGUAUUAUUUUCCUUUAUACUUUCCCACUGGGAGAAGUACAACACAGGGAUUCUUUUCCUUCCAUGGGGAUAUGACCUAAGUCAAGUGACUAUUUCAAUUGUGUACAUCGUUACUGCUAUAGUUGGUGUUGAAGCUUGGUAUGGACCAGUCUUCCUUAAUUUACAAUACAGAGAUCUCUUCAGUGUCAUGAUUCUGGGUUGUGCCUUUAUUGUCACGUUUCCUGUGAGUUUGUACAAUGUUUUCAAAGCAUAUAGGUCUAACACCCUGAAGCACCACUCUUUUUAUGAAGCAAUGCUGCCAUUCGUUUCACCAGUAUUGCUUUUCAGUCUUUGCACACUCUGGGUCUGUAGAUCACCAUAUGACAUUAUAGAGAAACAUCCAAGAAUAGUAUACUUUUUGGUUGGCACAGCCUUUUCUAAUCUCACGUGUAAGCUCAUAGUUUGUCAGAUGAGUAAUACUCGCUGUCAGCCCCUCAGCUGGUUUCUCCUGCCAUUGGUUGUAGGUGUGAUUUUUGUAAUCUCUGGUAUCUUGCAAGAUAAAGAAUAUCAUCUUCUCAUUAUUUUGACUACAGUAAUAACUCUUGCACAUAUUCACUAUGGAGUGUGUGUGGUGAAUCAGCUGAGCAAACAUUUUAACAUUUAUGUCUUCUCAUUGAAAAAACCAAACAUUGAAUGACUAGAGGAGGAACAGAAAAUUGGCUUGCAGGCUUCUGAAGUAUUGUAAAGAAUAGCAACAGAAGAGCCUGAAUGCUUCAACCAUCACUGCAAACUGUGCCCCCACACCACCAACAGUAGAAAACAGGAGAUUUAGAUGGUCCCUCCUAAGUAUUAAGAUAUUGUUUAAUGAAGAGGUACUGAUAAAAUGAAUAACUCAAUUAUGUAAAUAGACAAUAACUGUACACACAGGUUGUGUGCAAUUGGCUGGCACUUUUUUUUGACGUGACGCUCCCUUUCAUUCAAGUUCUAUUGUACUAUCGGACUGUUUGAUUAAAAUUAGAUGGUAACUUGUAUCCAAGACAAUGGAUGAAGAAACAUUUUCGUCGGACUUCCACUCUUUAGAUUCGGAACCUAAUCCUUGGGUAAUGUGAUUAUACUUUUUUUUCACAUUGUCCACAUUUUUUUUCAACCUGUGUCCUGAAACAUAAUUCCAUCUUUCCUAGUAUACUGGAGAUUGUGUUCACUUGCCUAUAGUCUGAGUAAAAUGGCCAAUUUUGGAAAUUCCAUAUUUUUACAAAGAUGGAAUAGUAAUGGAGUCAUGAGUAUGAGUUUGCCACCGCUCAUGUUAAAUCCUCUUUUCUGAGAGUUAUAGCUUUUGCAAAAGAAAUUGGAUGGAAAUAUUAAAAAUUAAGUUAAUUAUCAGAAACCAAUCAAAAUCUUAAAUUGAUAUUCAGUUCUUCUUCUUCUGUUUCAGUUUUUUUGUGUGGUGGUGAAUGCAUGCCGAUUUUUUUUUUUCUACAAUGUAGUUUUAUUUCAAUGGGAGAUUUGUGCUUGAAUGAAGAGUAUACUAAAAGUCUCAGAGCAAGGUAUACUUGGAAGGAACAAGCAUUACUAGCAGUAGUUGUGUUAUUUUACAAACCAGAGGUUUAGUUCCUAAAUACUGUUUACGAAAAGCAAUUUAAUGUGUGUAUUUUCAUUUUUGGCAAUUACACUCAGUUAAGGUGGAGGGGUGUAGAGAAGGGGUAGAACUAUCUGAUUGUCAUGUUUCAUAAUAUAAUAAUCCAUACUUAAUUUGGAUCCUUGUUAAGUACAAGUUAGUUAAUGGUCUCACUUCCAUAGAGGCAAAGCUUGCCAUAAUAAAAUAUUGCAAUAUUCAUUUUCAUAACUAAUUUCUUCCAAAAUAUUUGUAUCUGUUGAAUAGAAUCUAUUCUAAUAACUUGUGUUUUCAUGCUAAUCAUUUUGUACUAACUCCAGUUUCCUUUUUUAAAGCAAUUUUGACUGGCCCAACUAAUUAUAACAAUAUGAUUAAUUGUAUUGCAGCUUCAAUGAGAUACCAGCAAGUCUUGCACAGUUGUAUCAAUAAUUGUCUUUGAAUAUGAACUAAAGUUCUAAUAUCAUGGCAAAAUAUCAAAUCCAUCUUUUUGUUUUUAACUAUCUGUAGUACAAAAGUGAAGUUUGAAUCCACUUAAUGUAUAUUGUCUUUGUUGCGCCUCA